AUGGUAAGUGCCAACCAGACAGCCUCUGUGACAGAGUUUGUUCUCCUGGGCUUCUCUGCCUAUCCAAACCUGGAGAAAACAUUCUUUGUGCUCAUCCUGCUGAUGUACGUGGCAAUCCUACUAGGCAAUGGGGUUCUCAUCCUGGUGACUGUGUCCAACUCCCACCUGCACACACCCAUGUACUUCUUCCUGGGGAACCUCUCCUUCCUAGACAUCUGCUAUACAACGUCCUCAGUCCCCCUCAUCCUUGACAGCUUCUUGACCCCCAGGAAAACCAUCUGCUUCUCAGCCUGUGCAGUGCAGAUGUUCCUCUCCUUUGCCAUGGGAGCCACAGAGUGUGUCCUCCUGAGCUUGAUGGCAUUUGAUCGCUACGUGGCCAUCUGCAACCCCCUUAGGUACCCUGUGGUCAUGAGCAAGGCUGCCUACGUGCCCAUGGCUGCCAGCUCCUGGGUAGCUGGAAGCACUGCUUCCAUGGUGCAGACAUCCCUUGCAAUGAGGCUGCCCUUCUGUGGAGACAACAUCAUCAACCACUUCACCUGUGAGAUUCUGGCUGUCCUGAAGUUGGCCUGUGCUGAUAUCUCUGUCAAUGUGAUCAGUAUGGGAGUGACCAAUGUGAUCUUCCUGGGAGUCCCGGUUCUGUUCAUCUCUUUCUCCUAUGUCUUCAUCGUUGCCAUCAUCCUGAGGAUCCCCUCAGCUGAGGGGAGGAAAAAGGCCUUCUCUACCUGCUCUGCCCACCUCACUGUCGUGAUCGUCUUCUACGGGACCAUCCUCUUCAUGUAUGGGAAGCCCAAGUCUAAGGACCCACUGGGGGAAGACAAGGAAGACCUUGCUGACAAACUCAUUUCCCUUUUCUAUGGGGUAGUGACCCCCAUGCUCAACCCCAUCAUCUACAGCCUGAGGAACAAGGAUGUGAAGGCUGCUGUGAGGAACCUGGUGUUUCAGAAACGCUUUGCCUUUUGA